AUGACCGCGGCGCAGGAGACAACCCAGUCGGUGGCCACGCUGGCCGUGGAGGCGACGGCUGCGGCCUCCACGACCGCUGCAACGAAGAAACUGCACGGAAGGGCAUUCUAUGAAAGUAUCGGCAGUCCCAAAUUUAUCGUGGCCCCCAUGGUGAACCAGUCUGAGUUUGCCUGGCGCAUGCUCUCUCGAUCCUUUCUCUCGGCCGACGAAAAGUCCAAGAUGCUUGCCUACACGCCCAUGUUCCACGCGCGCCUCUUCUCGCAGGACCCGAAAUAUCUCAAGGCGCAUUUCCAGGCCACGCGCCCUGGCGCGACCGGCGAUUCUUACGACUCCAGUCUCUGGCUCGAUGGUAACCCCUCGGGCGACCGCCCCCUCUUUGUGCAGUUCUGCGCCAACGACCCGGCGCACCUCCUUGCGGCGGCGCGGCAAGUGGCGCCGUACUGUGAUGCAGUCGACCUAAACCUCGGCUGUCCGCAGGGCAUCGCGCGCAAAGGCCACUACGGCGCAUUCCUGCAGGAAGACCAGGACCUCGUAUUCCGCCUCAUCCACACGCUGCACACGGAGCUGUCAAUUCCCGUCACCGCCAAGAUUCGCAUACUUGAGACCAAGGAGCAGACGCUGGCGUACGCGCAGACCGUGCUCAGGGCGGGCGCCUCGAUUCUCACGGUGCAUGGGCGGCGGCGUGAACAAAAAGGCCAUCUGACGGGCGUGGCUGACUGGCAGAUGUUGCGAUUCCUGCGGGAGAGCCUACCGCCGGAGACGGUGCUGUUUGCGAACGGCAACGUGCUGCAGCACGGCGACGUGGAGGCUUGCCUGGCGGCGACGGGGUUCGACGGCGUCAUGAGCGCAGAGGGCAACCUCAGUAACCCGGGCGUCUUCGCCAAGCCCCCGGCGGUGGGGAAGGAGGGCCGCGAGUACUGGCGCGGCAAGGACGGCAAGGGUGGCUGGCGCGUCGACGCUGUCAUGAGACGAUACAUGGACAUUAUACACAAGUACGCGCUCGACGCGGAGCCGCCGGCGCGCCGUCCGCUGUUUUUGCCCGGCGACGACACCGCGUGGCUGACGGCCGAGGAAGACGAUCUUGACGAAGGAGACGAACGCGGGCAGAAACGCCGCAAAACGACGGCGGCGUCGGCGACGGAUAGCGAAUUAGGCGGUGCCGCCGCCGCCAAGAGGCACGACCCGUCGUCGUCGCCCAACAUUGUCGCCAUGCAACCACACCUCUUCCACUUACUGCGGCACUUUGUAACCAAACACACGGAUGUGCGGGAUAUGCUGGCGCGCACGCGCAAGACGGGCAUGGCAGGAUUCGAGGCAGUGCUAGACGCCGUGGAGCGACGCGUCGCCGAGGGCCUGCUCGAGUACGAGCGGACGAACGGCGGGAGCUUCGAGGAGGAGAUGAGGAUGGCAGCGGAGCGCCCGCGCGAGACGGCGGACGGAGGCGAGAGCUCGAUGGAAGCGCUGCUGCGGUGCAAGAGGCCGUGGUGGGUGGUGCAGCCGAUUGUACGGCCGCUACCGAGUGAGGCGCUCGCCAAGGGCUCAAUACGGCCGAGCAAGAAGGAGCUCAAGGACAAGGCAAGGGGGGAGGAGGAGGAUCAGAAGAAGAGGGUGGAGUUGGAGCAAGUGGUGCAGAAGAAUGAGGCUGUCGAGGCGUAG